UUUCAGGCAAGAUGCAGCCACUCGUGCUCCUGUUGGCCUUUAUCCUACUGCCUGGGGCCGAGGCAGGGGAGAUCAUCGGAGGACAAGAGGCCCGGCCCCACUCCCAUCCCUACAUGGCAUUCCUUCAGGUGGAGAGUCCACAAGGUCUGAGCAGUUGCGGGGGAUUUCUUGUGCGAGAAGACUUCGUGAUGACAGCAGGCCAUUGCUGGGGAAGCACCAUAAAUGUCACGUUGGGGGCCCACAACAUCGAGAAGCAGGAAAGGACCCAGCAACAGAUCACUGUGCUCAGAGCCAUCCGCCACCCCAGAUAUAAUAAUAAGACUGCCCUGAAUGACAUCAUGUUACUUCAGCUAAGGAAUAGAAUCAGGCGGAAUCAAUUCGUGAGGCCAGUGGCCCUGCCUAAUGCCGGGGAGAAGCCUAGGCCUGGAGCCUUGUGCACAGUGGCUGGCUGGGGCUGGAUCAGCCUUCAUGGGUGGUCAGACAAACUCCAGGAAGUGCAGCUGAGAGUGCAGAGCGAUCGGAAGUGCACCCGUCGAUUUCCUUCCUACUGCAGCCGGACUCAGAUCUGUGUAGGGGAUCCAAGGCAAAAGAAGGCUGUUUUCAAGGGGGAUUCUGGUGACCCCCUAGUAUGUAACAAUGUGGCCCAGGGUAUUGUCUCCUAUGGAGACAAAGAAAAUGGGACUGCUCCAGACGUCUUCACCAGGAUCGCAAGCUAUCUGUCCUGGAUAAAGAGAAUAAUGAGACGCUUCAAACAGCAGAAUCAGACUGAAACACCACCCUCUUCCCCCUGUGACUGACACUUUUACCCUGGGGCACAGGUAGUUCCAGGGGAGCUUUAAAAAAUGUUCAUCCAGAGUGCAAAUAUUUGUUCAUUAAACAACA